AUGAUCGUGGCCGCCGUGCAGUGCACCUUUGCCGGCAAGGCCGCCCGGCUGUCAAGGUGGAGGGACGAGGGGGAGGGAUUUCCACUGAUGUCUGUAGUGGCGCAGCCAUAUUGGUGGCAAGACGCUAAGACGCAAGGACGCGAAUUUCUGCACGAAGACGCGAAGAAACAGUUCACUGAGCGCUACACGCAGUUUGCCCUGAAAGUGGCGAAAGUGGCGACAGCCUUGAAAGGGGAGAAGCGCCUUGAAACUUGA